GUCAUCGGGCAAAAAGUGUACCUCCCAAACAUCAUCUUCCGUCUCGUUCGCAACCACACUCCUCCUGGACAACCUUACAACCCAUACGAGGCGACGUUCCGCAUUCCCAUGUCUGUGACGAAAACGGACGUGCGGUCGUAUCUCGCCUCCGUGUACGGCGUGCAGACGACAUAUAUCCGCACUGACAACUACUUGUCACCCAUCACUCGUGCUUGGAAUGCCUCAUGGACGGCGACCAAGUCUUACCGAACCUACAAGCGUGCGGUAGUCGGUCUCGUCGAGCCUUUCUAUUACCCA